CAGAUUAAUGACGUUUCUAUUUACUUCAGUGGAGAAAGAUGACUUGAGAUACAUGUGCUUUGAUUUGCAAGUGUGGUCACUGAGUUAAACUCAAAAAUUAAGGCACAACUCUACAACUGACCAGCAAACAGUAUGUUUACCUAAACUGUCAGAUGGGUUUUCGCAUCUUAAAUACAUUAAAGGUGAAGAACGUCAGAAUUGCCUUUCGUCCUUUGAUUUUUUUUCUGUCCUUGGAAGAAAAACGCUGCUACAUGGCUUUGGUGUUUUUCCACAUACUGCAGGAGAAAUUCAUUUUGGGAUUAUUAGUUGCGACGAAACCAUUUUAAAUCCAAGGUUCAAAUCCGGAGCCCAAAAUAGCCUCGAGUACUGACCGGCUGACUGUGACCUCAGCUACAAAAGGAAGAGGAAGAAGAGUAGGAGGAAGAGGUAGUUGGAAAGGAAGGUGAUUUAAAACGCAGUUUACCACGAUUUUUUUUUUCAGUCUUUAAAUGAAGCGGACACAGUGAGAGCUCCGCCUCCAUUCGUCUUAGUGGAAGUUAAGGCUUUGUUGUGUAGAAAACAUGCAGCGCGUGUAGUGAAGAGCCAACAAGAAAGAAAAAAACGAUGGCAGCGCACAACCAAACAGUUGUGUACUUGUCCGAACAGGUGGUCGUGUUGUGCUCGUGCGCCAUGUCGUUUGUGGGCUCGUCGCUCAUUAUCGUCACUUACUUUAGUUUGGCGGAUUUGAGGACCACUCCGCGCAAACUGCUCCUCUUCCUCUCGGUGGCCGGCUGGCUCUCCGCGGUCUCGUACGCCUUCGGAGUAUGGAAAGUGUUCGACUCCGACUCGCCGGACUGCGUCGCUCAAGGAGCGAUAUCCACCUUCGCCAACACCAGCUCUUUUUUCUGGACGGUGGCCAUCGCUGUCUACUUGUAUGUGCUCAUCGUACACUCCAGUCAGAGGGCUGCUGACAGCCUGGUGCUGGUCUUCCACCUGGUCAGCUGGGGGGUUCCCCUGAGCAUCACAGUUGCAGCCGUGUGCCUCAACAAGAUUGGCUACACUGCAUCAGAGGUGUCAGUGGGCUGGUGCUGGGUCAGAAUCCACACCCCUGACCGUGUCCUGUGGAUGCUGCUGACUGGAAAGAUCUGGGAAUUCUUGGCCUACCUCAUCCUCCCCAUCCUCUACAUCCUCAUCAAGAGACACAUUCACACAGCGCAUGCAGCCCUUUCCGAGUACCGUCCACUCUUGGCCAAUAGGACAACAUCGUACUCCUUCUCCUCCAUGGCAGACAUGAAGCUGACUCUCAUCCCUAUUAUCUUCAUCCUGUUACGCAUUUGGAGUACAAUCCGCUUCAUCCUGUUGCUGGCUGGCUCCCCAGCGAGACAGAACCCUGUGCUGGUGAUGCUACAUGUGAGUGCAGAUGACAUUUCGAUAAUUCUAUUGUCAUACAACCACAAUUUAUUGCCCACACCCGACUCUUGCCACAAUUUGAUAACAGAAAGUAGUCUGUGCUCGAGGUAAAAAUGGGCCCAUCAU